CUUCCGGCUCUGGGUUACCUCAUGAAGGGAUACAGCUGGCGUUACGUCCAGUUAGCCAUGUCUGCACUGUCCGUAGUCAUCGUUGGACAGUUUCUGUUUGUUGACGAACCUCUUCGAUGGCUGCUGGCAAACCAAAAACAUGAAGAGGGCACACGUCUCGUUCGUAAAGCCGGAAAAAAGAACGGUAUCAAAUCCGAUACUAUUGCAUCUGCCAUAGCCCGGUAUUUCUCACAAGACGGGAAUAUGAGUAAAAUUAACCAUACGGACAAGGAGUUGAAGGCGGAGGAAAAAUCUACUAACACCGAACCAAGUGUGUCGGUAGAAAACACGAGCACAGCACAGACGAAGGUGACGGCCCUGGCUCUUGUGAAGCACCUCAAACUUAGGAGGGUCACACUGGUCAUGUUACUCGCAUGGUUCACCAACUCCCUGACCUACUACGGCCUGUACAUGGUCUCAUCCGUGAUGUCGGGAAACCGCUACCUCAACUUGUUUCUCUCUUCAGUGGCAGAGGUCCCAGCCAGCCUCCUUGUAUUUCCUAUUAUAUUGAAAUGUGGAAGGCGACCGGUGCUGAUAGCGUUACACUUACUGGCUGGACUAUCCUUAAUCACAGCCGCAAUUCUCAACGCGACCACGGGUGGAUAUACAGGGUAUAUCGCUCUGACAUGUGUGAUAGUGGUUGGAAAGGUGGGCAUCAGCGGUACAUACAGCGUUAUCUUUAUGUACACACCAGAAGUAUAUCCUACAAAUAUUAGAGCGUUUGGUCUGGGAGCAGCGAGCGUCUCCUCCAGAAUCGGUGGAAUUCUGGCACCCUUUGCAGCUACUGUGGCCCGUGAACUACCCUGGGCGCCGGUCGCUGUGUUCGGAGGGCUCUGCUUGCUGGUGGCCCUCGCCUGCCCCUUACUUCCGGAAACCAAGGGGAGGGACUUGCCCCAGACGCUAGUUGACCUGGAAAAGCUGUUCCUACCGGAAAAGAACCUAAAACACAACCCGAAUGUUGUUCUACGGAACAUCACUGCAAUGAAAUACUAA